AUGGCCCCCGCCCGCCUGCUCGCUCUGCUGCUGCUCCUCGUGGGCGUCCCCGCCGCUGCCGCCGAGUCGAUCCGAGAAACUGAGGUCAUCGACCCUCAAGACCUCCUAGAAGGCCGAUACUUUUCCGGAGACUUACCAGACGACGAGGACGUCGGGGGGCCCGGGCAGGAAUCCGAUGACUUUGAGCUGUCUGGCUCUGGAGAUCUAGAUGACUCAGAGGACACCCGGAUCUUCCCAGAAGUGAUGCACCCCUUGGUCCCUAUAGAUAACUACAUCCCUGAGAAGACAGGGAGCCGAGUUCCCACCGAACCCAAGGAACUGGAGGAGAAUGAAGUUAUCCCCAAGAGGUCGUCCCCGUUUGAUGGGGACGAGGAUGUGUCCAACAAGGUGUCCAUGUCCAGCACAGCCCAGGGCGGCAACAUCUUUGAGAGGACAGAGGUGCUGGCAGCUCUGAUCGUGGGCGGUGUCGUGGGCAUCCUCUUUGCCAUCUUCCUCAUCCUGCUGCUCGUGUACCGCAUGAAGAAGAAGGAUGAGGGAAGCUACGACCUGGGCAAGAAACCCAUCUACAAAAAAGCCCCCACCAAUGAGUUCUACGCCUGA